AUGCUGUGGGGGAAGGAGAAGCAGGAUCACAAGGUGUACUUGUCGCCGAACAGGAACGCUACGGGCGCACGGUCGAUAGAGGACCUCGACAGGGAAGGGAACAGGAACAGCAACUUGACGCUGCCGAACCUGGAGCUCGAGCUCGAGCUCCAGCCUGUCGGCAGCCACUCGCACAGGUCGCGGUCGCGGUCCAACUCGCGAUCGAACUUGGGCGCGAAGGCCUCGAAGUCGCACGGCAAGGGCUCCACUUCCAGCCUGCCCGAUAUACAGCCUGGUGUGCGUGAAUUCCCGCGCAUUGUGGAGAGAAGGUUCGGGGAGUCGCUCGGCAUCCGGACGCAGCUGCUGAAGCGGCUGUCGCGCGGCGGGAAGCUCGGCCUGGGACCGCCAGACCUCAUACACAUUACCUCUUACGACAAGUACCACAAGGAUAUAGAGACCGGACAGUACUUCUACAUAUCGGGCGUCGACGUCUCCAACGAGUCCAUGCCCAUCGCUAUGCUGAAGCUGCUCAAAUCCGGCAGCAGCGAGCAGGUCAUCUCGACAUACUGCAGUUGCAACAUAUUCUCGCAUAUAGACAUAAGAAUCAGAUACGAAUCAGACACAGCAUACCAGAUUAACGCAGUCGACAUCACAAACGGAACUUCUUUGGUACAGCUCAGCGAGGCGCUCUGGGAGGAAGCAUUUGUGAGCGCGUGUGUUCGAAGCAUAAUAUCAAACAUCGAGUCCGCAAGGAAGCUUCCGGGCUUGGUCGAGUACCCUUUGCUCGGGCUCACGCAGGGAUCAAACUCAGACGACAUCAUGAAAUGCAAACGGAUACUGGAACUGCUCUGCAGAUACUUGCCCAGGUUCUUAGAAUGUGGCUGGGACUCGACAAGAUCAGUAGAACCCACCAUUGUCUCCAAUUACUUGACACAGUCAAUACUAGAGUUCUUGUCAAUAGCAUCUCCGCUCCUGAUUGAGUACACAAUUGGAAUUCUGAAAGAAUUGAUGGAAGUUGACAACAAAAAUAGCAUAUUGUAUGAGGUUGUCCUCGCUACAGUUUUGCACCAAAGUGACGAAAUGGACCACGACCUUGUACUUAUACUACACAAGACCAUCGAUAAGUUAAACAAAAUGCUCUCAGACAACACCGAACACGAUUUUGACAACCUGUUCCUGGUCAACUGUUUAUCCGAGUUACUAAUCAUACAAACACAAUAUCUCAUUUACAGAGCAGAGGAUCUCAAGCUAGCAGAAAAAGUAAUUACACACUCAACUGAAUUGACUGUCGAUUCCUUCAAAAGUUGGUACUGGCUGGCAAAGACAUAUAUUUACUUGGGCCAAUAUGACAAAGCGUUGCUGGCUAUAAACUCCAUGCACCCUUUGCAUUCGUUAGAUCCUGUACGAGAAGCCCUGUAUUCAGACCCAUACAUGUUAAACUACUAUCAAAAGCCAUUGGAUGGUUUCAAAAUUUUGCCUGGUAAAGUAAACAAAGGUCUGGAGCCAUGCGAACUGACCUCCAUCGAACUCAAUAACUUAAACAGUAAGUGGAAAUACCAAGAUGAAUUCCAGAAGUUCAUCUUUGGCAGAAUCUCCAUGCCAUAUUCCCCAUCAGAGAAAGGUUUCAUUCGGGAGAUAUGGGAAGACGCCGCGUAUAAGAUAGGUCCAAUAUUUGGCACUCAAGUUGCUAAUUUGAUCAAUUUUGUUUCCCCUCAAGAAGUAGAGAUGGUUGCGGAUUAUCAAUUGCUAUCAAGAAAUACUAUCAACAAGCAAAAUAACUGGUUUAUGGCACAGGUACUUGAUCUAUUAAUUGAAAUAAUUACAUAUCUGGGUUGGAAUGGACUGAUGGAGACACGUUCGAAAGUUUUCGUCAUGCAACAGGAGUAUUUGGGGACCAUAUCCCCAGAUAGCUCGGGCAAUGAGAACUCUCAAUCGACGAUCAUACCGCUACAGUUUCGAAAGAAACGAUUAUGUGAAAGAUGGCUGGAUCAGUUGUUUCUUGAUAUAUACGAGGACUUAAAAAUCACUCGAGCAGCAAUGAACAACAAGGAUGUCAAAUAUAGUGGGCUAGAAUGGGAACUGUUGGGUUUAACUAUGUUGCGUACAUGGCAAUGGUCAGAUGCGAUUGCAUGUUUAAGAACUUCAUUAGUGGCCCGGUUUGACAUCAUAAGUGCCACAAAAAUACUAGAGUUGUAUUUUGACGAAGACAAGAUACAAAGGAUUCAUUCCAUUGACAUGAAAAAUGAUAUUCUACCUUAUGAUGUUGCAGUUGACCUCAUAGUUAAAAAGAUAUCAUACGAGUUUAGAUUUUACAACGAGUUUCAACUCUACAAUGUAAAGAUACUGUUCAAGUUGGCCGAGAGAUACGGUCUUGAUUUGAUCCGUGCCCAGGUCGUUGGUCUCCCAUACAUAAACAGGAGCAUCCUCGCCGUAAUGGAUAAAAUGUUCAACUGGAUUGAAAAAAUGACCACGGACUCUCCGCCUGCUUAA